AUGAUCUCAACAAGAGCACUAAAACAGGUAAUAGUAGCAGGAGUCGUUGCUCUAAGCUAUUUACAGAGCGCUAGCUGUGAACUAAGCCAAUAUGAUGCAAAAGAGAUAAAAAGCUACUGGAACAACAGAAUAUCCUACUUCGACAAAGAGAUUGAUCUACGUAGUGAUUUCUUUAGCAGGAUUAAAACCCUUAGCUCUAAUACAGAAGCACUAAAUUCAGAUAUUUCGCAUGAGAAAAAUAUCAAGGCAGAAGAGGCACUGGAUGCCAUGACGGAGGAGUUUGAAUGUCUUAAAAACAAAUCACUGGAAGUUAUAAAUCAGGCAGACUCAAUAAUAAACAUAAGUGAGAAUUAUUUGAACAAUAAAGCUUACUCUUUUGAUGAGGCCCAAAAAAAAGCAUUCGUAGCUAAAAUUAAAGGCGAUUCAGAUGAACUGAGCAUGCGAAUUAUACCCGUCCUUGACAUUAGCACUUCGCUGACUAAGAAAAUAAACAACUUUGAUUCGCAUAUGAUGGAAGCAAUACAAGAUGAUCUUAAAGCAGAGAGUGGCGAGCUGGAAAAUCUAACUCUGUUCAAGCUCGCAAAGAGUAAGAUCUUAGCUGCUGAUAUAGUGUACAGUGUCUUUGAAAUGACCAUACCACAUCUGCAGGAGGAAAAUAUAAAAUAUAUAGUAAGUUCUAUGUGCAAAGAAUUGCCAUCGUAUGUUAUUUCAAAGGAUAGUGUAGAGCACUUCCUAGCUGAUAUUAAAAAGGAUGCAGUUAAAACUCGUAAGGAUCUAUUAGUAUCAGCCUCCAAACACUUCUAUUCGCUAUUCAACAUAAACCCAAUGGGCAAGUAUAGAUCAUUUUUAGUAGACUAUGAAACAAUCAAUACAUAUCUUAACUUACUAAACGAGAAUCUUUCAGAAGAAAAAGUAAACGAGUACGCAUGUACCAUUAAGCCUGAUCAGGUCGUAAAAGUGAUAGUAAUCGAAUACAUAAUGAGUGGAAACCUUAUUGACUACAAAAACAACACUCUAUUCCGCAAUCUAAGAAAGAUAAUAGAGAAUGUAUUCGAUCCAGUAGAGUAUAACAGAAUGGAUUUGCAUACUUUUAUGUUUGAAGGAGUAAAACAGGACGAAAUACUUGAUGCUUUGAGUCUUGUAUGGGGUGAUUAUAGCGGAGGUAACAGACGCCAGAAGAACAUGGAAUUAUGCAAAGACAUUGGCAUUGAGUAUUCUAAUUUUGAAAAAAUACAAUUUGACAUCAUAGAUACUAGCUGGAUGUAUGAAGGAGUUAUG